UUUCUGCUCUUGCUUCUUAGACUGAACGUUUUGUCUACUUUCUUCUGCUACAUUUACAUUUCUAAUAGAGGUUUACGAACGUGUGUUGUAGUGCUAGCAUGACUUGAUUUUGCCGUGAGUGAAGAUUUUCAUUAGGCUAAGAAUAGACUGUCUGCAUUCAGCUAGCUGCCCUGUUUUUUCUUUUUGGCGGUUUAACAUGGCCUGUUGGAGGUGUAUGAUUUGCUUUGUUUUUGUUGCCUUAACAUUGAAGUCUCUCUUGAGCCAUAUUAACAAAACACAUAGCCGCAGUCCAAACUUCCGAGUCAUAUGCGGAAUAGAUGGUUGUACAGAGGAAUACAGAGUCUUUAACUCUUUUUACUACCAUAUCAGACGCACUCAUGCUCUGUAUCUUGCGACUGGGAACCCUCCUACCCAGUGGAUGACAGCAGCAUCAUCUGACUUAUCACAUGCUGCAGGUGAACAUUUUGACAUACCAGUUUUUUCUGACUGUGCCACUAAAACACAAGGAAUGCAAAGGACCGACAGUGAGGUCAACAUACCUGUCAUUCCAAAUGAAAUGUCAAGUCCGGAGCUUGAGGAUUUCCAGACUCCAAAUACUGAUAAUCAGGAAGGAGCUGCUACAGCAAGUGAAAAUCUCGUCAGAUGUGCAGCUGCAUUUACCAUCAGUGUCCGGGAAAGAUGUCACCUAUCCCAGAGGGGUGUCAACAGUAUUGUCUCUGGAGUCCAGCAGUAUCAAACUGCUCUUCUCAGUACCAUGAAGGACACCAUGAAGUCGCUCUUUCAAAGACAUUCAGAAAAUAUGGAGCAGCUACAAGAGGCAGUAUUGGCAGAACUGGAAAAUUUUCAAGAUCCUUUCUCCAUGAUGGCUUCCACAUACAUUCAGGACAGCACAAUCCAGAGGCUUUUUAACCCAGUCAAACCAGAGGAGGUAGUUAUGUCUCAAAAGGUUUGCAGAGUUAACAAAGGACAGUCAAGAGUAAUUGCCAUCAAAAACAGAAGUUUUUACUAUAUACCCCUUAUUAGGAGCCUUGAACAGUUGUUGUCCAAUUCCAGGAUUUUUGCCAUGAUCAACACCGCACCUCAGAGUUGCCACAAAGAUGGGUUUUUGUAUGACAUUAUUGAUGGGAGCAUUUAUAAAUCCCAUCCACUGUUUUCAAAAGAACCUUCUGCUUUACAGAUAAUUUUGUAUGCUGAUGAAAUAGAGAUAUGCAAUCCUCUUGGGUCACAUGCUUCAGUAAAUAAAUUAUUCAUGUUUUAUUAUACUUUAGGAAACAUAGACCCCAAGUUUAGGUCAAAGCUUGCUGCAAUCAGACUCCUUGCUAUAGCAAAAGCUGAUGAUAUUGACAAAUGUGGUGUUGAUUUUGUAUUACAAAGGAUUAAUGAAGACUUAAAGUUGCUCUAUAAUGGUGUCAAAAUCCAAACACAGAGUGGUAGCAUGGAUUUAUUUGGCGCUGUAGUUUCGGUCUGUGGUGACACACUAAGUUUUACUAAAAGGACAAUGAAAAAACAUAUUAAGCAGUGCUGUGAAAUAGAAAAGGCUUGCACAGACUUCUUGAAAUCAUCUCUCAAAACCACCUAUGGUAUAAACAGAAGAAGCAAGCUGAUUGAUUUCCCAGCCUUUGACCUCAUUCAACAAACACCACAGGAUAUAAUGCACAUCAUUCUUGAGGGUGUUGCACCCAUGGAAAUUAAGUGUGUGCUAAAACACCUUGUUCUCUCUGGACAGAUGGAGUUGGAUGUGUUCAAUUCUGCCAUGCAGAGUUUUCCUUUGUCACCAAUAGACAUACGUGACAAACCCUGCCCUAUCAGUGUCACUACCUUGGCAUCUAAUGACAAUAAACUGAAACAGUCCUCGGGGCAAAUGCUGAUACUGUUGAAGAUCAUGCCUUUUCUGCUCAACAGUAUAGAGAAAAAUGAAUAUGUUCAGUUUGUUUUGGACUUAAUUAAGAUUGUUCAGAUACUCUUUGCCCCUAUUUUAUCUGUACAAAGUGUGUUCAGACUGAAGAAUAUGAUUGAACAGCAUUUGAAACAGUUUAAGAAACUUUUUCCUGAGAAUAAUAUAAUACCUAAGCAACAUUACUUGUUGCAUCUCCCUGCUCAGAUUCUUCAUCUGGGGCCUGUGAUAAGGCACAUGUGUAUGAGAUUCGAAUCAAAGCACUGUUUUUUUAAACAAUGGGCAUCUAAAUUGAACUUCAGAAAUGUCUGUAAGUCACUUGUGAACCAUAAUCAGCUUUCUGAAUGCUGUCAAAAUGAAUUGGGCACUGAGCAUCCAAUAUUUGUACAUGAGAAGGAAUUGGGUCCUGUCUCUGAAGUGAAAAAUCCUGAGUAUAUUGCAGCAAAGAUAAGAGAUUUUUUGGGGAUAGGUGGCAUACAACAUGGAGUCAAAGUAAAAUGGCUUUUUCUCAAUGGGAACAAGUACGUAAGUGAAAAGUCUCUAAUAAUCACCAGUGUGAGUGACACAGUUCCUGUUUUUGGACUUAUUAAAAACAUUUAUGUGGUAGACAGUUCAUUAUACUGUUUUGAAUACCAGCUUUAUGAGACUGUGGGCUUUAAUACAGAUUUUUUAGCAUAUAAAAUUGUAGUUCCUAAUCUCGCCCAAGCAACAGAGUUUAUAGAUGCUGAAAAGCUAGUUGAUCCUCCAUCAUAUUAUCCAGUCAGUUUCAAAUGCAGUAUGUAUGUUCUGACAAAAUAUAACCUUGAUGAUGUCAUUGCACUUAAAAGUUGAAAUGAAACAGUGGAAGAUGUGCUGUGAUUUAUUGCCUAUGUUGUGGCUGUGGAUUCGUACUACAUAAAAUGUUACACUGCAGCUUUGUAAAUAUUGUAAAUAAAUGUGUUA